AUGGCUCUGCCACCCUUCUUCACCCCGGGUCGCCCGGGCCCGCCAUCCCCGCAGCCGCCGGCUCCCGCUCCCUUCGGCUGUCCGCCACCGCCGCUACCCUCUCGCUUUCCACCGCCUCUUCCCCAGCGGCCCGGCCCCUUUCCGGGGGCCUCCGCCCCCUUCCUCCAGCCCCCGCUGGCUCUGCAGCCCCGGGCCCCCGGGGAAGCCUCCGGCGGCGGCGGGGGCGGCGGCGGCGGCUCCUUCUACCAGGUGCCGCCACCGCCGCUGCCUUCCCCGCCGCCCCAGUGCCGGUCCUUCCUAGGGAACGACGCCGGUGAGCGCCCGCGGCCGCCGCCUCCAGGCCCGGGGCCGCCCUGGAGCCCGCGCUGGCCUGAAGCACCGCCGCCGUCCGACGUGCUCGCGGACGCGGCCCUGCAGCGCCUGCGCGACCGGCAGUGGCUAGAGGCGGUGUUCGGAACCCCGCGGCGGGCCGGCUGCCCGGUGCCCCCGCGCGCGUCCGCCGGCCCCAGCCUGGGCGAGGUGCGGGCCCGGUUGCGCGGGUCCCUGCGCCUGGUGCGGCGGCUGCGCGACCUGGGCCAUGCGCUGCGCGAGGCCGAGGCUGACGGCGUGGCCUGGGCACAGCUGCAUGCCGAGGCACAGCCGCUGCGCGCCGAGCUGGCCGAGCGACUUCAGCUCCUGACCCAGGCAGCCUAUGUGGGCGAGGCGCGGCGCAGGCCGGAGAGGGUCCCGCGCCGCCGGCUGCGGCUUCGCGAGGGGGCCUGGGAACGCGAGGCCGAGCCGGAGGCGGAGGCCACGCGGGCAGCGGAGCGCGAGCAGGAGAUUGACCGCUGGAGGGUCAAGUGCGUGCAGGAGGUGGAGGAGGAGAAGCGGGAGCAGGAACUUAAAGCUGCUGCUGAUGGUGUCCUGUCUGAAGUGAGGAAAAAGCAAGCGGACACCAAAAGAAUGGUGGACAUUCUUCGGGCCUUGGAGAAAUUGAGGAAACUCAGGAAAGAGGCUGCAGCAAGGAAAGGGGUCUGUCCUCCGGCCUCAGCAGAUGAGACCUUUGAGCGUCACCUUCAGCGACUGAGAAAACUCAUUAAAAAACGCUCUGAAUUAUAUGAAGCUGAAGAGAGAGCCCUCAGAGUUAUGUUGGAAGGAGAACAAGAGGAAGAGAGGAAAAGAGAAUUAGAGAAGAAACAGAGGAAAGAAAAAGAGAAAUUUUUACUACAGAAGCGUGAAAUUGAGUCCAAGUUAUUUGGGGAUCCAGAUGAGUUCCCACUUGCUCACCUCUUGCAGCCUUUCCGGCAGUAUUACCUCCAAGCUGAGCACUCCCUGCCAGCGCUCAUCCAGAUAAGGCAUGAUUGGGAUCAGUACCUGGUGCCAUCUGGCCAUCCCAAAGGCAACUCCGUUCCCCAAGGAUGGGUUCUUCCGCCGCUCCCCAGCAACGACAUCUGGGCAACCGCCAUUAAGCUGCAUUAGUAAAGAUGCUCCAGGAGUGUCGUCCAGCCAAGGCUCUUUCCAGCUCUAAGUAUUAGUGACGCUGCCAUCUUCUUGUACUGUAGUCUAAACCACAACCUCUAAACUCCAUGUGGCAUUGCCCUACCCAGAAGUUACAUUUUUCCUUCUGUUCUCUGUCCUGGCCAAGGUGCCUCUUGAAUCAGGAGAUUAAUAUGGUCCUUCAGGAAAGGACCUAGGUGAACUGAGGUUUUUACGACAGGCAGUGGCCUUGGUUCAUGAAAUUCGCCUCUGUUUUGAGGGGCUUGGUCCAGAGUGAUUUAUAUGUUUACUGUUACCUUUCUUGUGUGGUGAUGGAUAAGUAUACGCUAUACACGCAUACCCUCGACACAGGUGUGCACUGGGUAGAUUUAGCAGUCCCUCCCCCAGUACUCCUUGUUAAGGCAAGCUUGAUGCAAAACCUCCUUACCUUUCUUACCCAGAGAGCCUCCUAACUUCCAGGAAGAAAGGUCAGAAAUGCUUUAUCUUCAGUUUUGUGAAUCCCACUUUUGGUGCAGCUGGAGAGGCUGGGCUGCCAGAAGAGCUGGUGGCCUUGUCUGGUAGUCAAGUGGAGAACUUGGAAAGCCUGAAGAGUACCUGUACCCAAACUGGAUUGUGUUUUAAUGGAUGACGGCUGCAUUUUCCCCAUAGUAGAAGGAUCCCAAUGAAAGCACCUGCUUUUUAAGUUCCUAGAGGUCUGGUUGUUCAGAAUCCUCAAGGAUAAAAAUUAAUUUCCUUACGGAAGUGGGACCUUGAUUAACCUCACUCAGUCACAUUGUGGGAGCCGGUAUAGUGGAAAUUGUGGAAUUUUCUUAGGAACUCAAGCUUCCAAAAAUAUACAUGUAGUUUAAGCUGGGGGAAAAGCAGAUAAAAAUAAUAAAAUUUAUUUUUUUAUACUCAUUAAUAAAUGCUGUUGUGCCUGGAGAUGAUCAGUCAUAUAACGUCAGGUUUUUUGUUUUAUUUUGUUUUCCUUUUUGUCAUUUAUUGUGUUAUUUAUAUUUCCAAAAAGCUAAAUAAAUAUCUUUAUUUUUUAGUUUGAAAAAAAAAUAUGCAGCAUAUCUCAAAGAUUUAGUAUGAAAAAAGGAAUGCAAAAUAUCUCAGUAAUUUACUAUUGUUUAUAUGCUAAAAUAAUAACUUGUAUAUAUUGAGUUAAGUAAAUUAUAUUUUUAACUCAAAUAUACCUGUUUCUUUUUAUGUUUUUAAUGUAGCUACCAGAAUGCCUAUAUGCCAUUCUCUUCUCCAAGAAAUGAGUGACUGUUGGAGAAGUGACUGAAUCCAAGGAUAGGGCAACCGCACUUGAAGAUUAGCCUGACACUUCUCAUGCAAAAAGUAAAGAAAUGUUCAUAGAAUAAUAUUUAAAAGGACACAGAAGCCAGCUUGUUCUCAGAUAAUUUAAGCACAAAAAUAAACAGGAUAGUAAUGGAUUAUGAUCCACUGAAUAAAAUGAGAAACCAGAAGCUCCAGAAUAAUAAAAAUAGAUACGGGAAUCAAUUUAAAGAUUUGUGAAGAUAGUAUGUUUAUAUAAUUUCAAAGCAACUCCCCACAAAACACCUAUCUAUUAUAAAGCGAAAAAAUAUUAUUUUGGAGAAGAGAUGCCUAACAGUUAUCACCCUUGUCAAGAGAUCAAACAUUAUUAGUAAUGGGACAAAUUGGAAUCUUGUGCCCCUACUAGGCUACAAUGAGAAAAACAUAGUAUAACUUCUGCAAUAUCUAUCAAAAGAUGUAUAACCUGAAUCUGCUCAUGAGGAAACAUCAGAUAAACCCAACUGAAGAACAUUCUACAAAACAAUUGGCCUCUAACCUUUGUUGGGGAGGGGGAAAUUUCCCCCGCCCCUCUUGGUUCUUUUGGCUGGACUAAUAAUUAAAUUGACACAGGACAAAUUAACAGAAGAAAAAGAAAUUCACACAUACAGAUGUCCCAUAGAUAAGGGAACCAAAGAAGUGACCAAAGCAGGAAGCUUUUAUACCUUUUAGACAAAGAAACAAAUUUGUGAAGAAUUGAGAAGGAAAAGAAGUUUGGGCUUGGGGUAUUAAAUUAGUAAAGAAGUAACAAGGUCUGUUUAUAUAGCUUUCUAGGCUCUAAAUUCUCUGUCUCUGGUGGUAAGGAUGUCUCGCUACCUCCUACAGGGAGGGUACCUUUCACGUGGGAGAUUUAUUUCCUGCUUUCAGGGGAACAAAGGAGAGGGUCAGAGUGUUCUUGCCUCAGCUGUUUCUUAAGUAACUUUAAUUCAAGGAGUCAGGAAAUUAACAUUGAAUCAUUUCCAAUCUAAUCCUCAUACCCCAUCAAAUCUAAACUUUGUCCCCAAAAUGUCCUUUAGCGCCCAGAAAUAGAUUUCAGAAUCAUGCAUUGCACUAAGUUGUCAUGUCUCUUUAGUAAUGUUCAGAAUGGAGCAGUUCCAUAGUCUUUCCUUAACUUUCAUGACCUUGAUACUUUUUAAGGUAAUGAGGUUGGUUCAAGGCAGGCCACUUCAAAUAUGCUACUUUGGCAUAUUGAUUAUUUUGAAUUACACGAUGGUGGAAGAAGUAAGGUCCAGAAAGGAGAGUUGAAGGAUCAGAGAAAAUUUUUAAUUGGCCUCCAGAAGAAUUUCCAGCAUUAAAUCUCAAAGAAUAUCACAGAAAUGCAAAUUUGGUCCUGGUAACCUG